GUCGUCAAGUUGAAACCGGAAAAGCUGGCGCAAGGGCCCACACCAGAUAUACACCAAUCCCACAAAUAAGCAGAAGCAGCAGCAGCGGCAGAGGAGCAGCGGGACAGAGAGCAAAAUCGGUUCCAUCUGAAAACGGAAGUCUAAUCCAAUUUGGCCUAUGACAAUACAAACGCACUUUCUUCGCUACGCAUUAUCCAGGUGCGUGUGCGUAUAGAGAGUGAGCGAGAGCGAGCGAGUGAGGGAGCGAGAGGUGGAAAAUAUUAAAGUUUAAGAGCAAAACGCGUGUGUUUCUGUGUCCCCAUGUUAAAAUAAGUUGCUACGAUUAAGCAACGCUUACCGCCGAAUAUCGAGCACUGAAUAAACCCCCAAACGUGCGCGUGUUUAAUUUGUAUUUCUGGCACUUGGUUCGGCAAACAGCAAAAGCAUUUCCCUAUGAUUGGCUCAUUCUGGAAUCUGUGCAGAGCGUGCCCAUCAAUGCCGGUAGACAAGCUCCACUCGGAGUAUAGGAGCACUUAUCGUUGGCAUGAAUUUACGGGCAACUCGCGGCCAGAGGUUGUGCGACGGGCGCCAGCCCCGAAUCCAAGUCAAUUUGUUGGUCCGACAAAUGAGCCGCCGUUGCCGCGACGGAAAAAAUGUCCAGAAUUAGCAUAUAAAUCGCACGAGUUUAUUAUAGGAUCGGAAUACACAGAUGCACGCCGAGAUGCCAGUGCACAUCGCUUGGCGAGGUCGGAGGAGCGAGGCACACCUUCGCGCCGCAGCAAAUCGGAGGGACCGCCAGUCGUGCCCAAUGGACGUGCCUAUCCCAUUGCAACGGAGAUCGAUGGAGCCACAAGAAAACAGGCGGCUACUCUACAUGAGUUGGAGCCCUUGGUUAGCGAUACGGAUGAUAGAAAAACGCACGAGAAACACGUGUCCAUUGUGGAGCGCAAGAUUACCUCGCGUCCGUUCUCGCAGGCCAUGGACCAGGAGCGCCUGAAUCACUUCAUCACGAAAAAGGAGAACUUUGGCUUCGCCGAUGCCGCCGUGGCGGCUGCGGCUCUCAAGGAUGAGGUGGACAACCGGCAGCAGGCUGGGGAAUCUGGCCAAAUGGUGGUCAUGAACGGCUCUGCACCGCCGCACUCUAAACCGAAUUUGGAUUUGUGGUUCAAGGAGAUGGUCGAGCUGCGCAAAAAGGCAGGCGAAUACAAGUGCCGCGGCUGGGGCAUAGAGAUCGAUCCGGACCUGUACAAGAAACAGAAGGAUCUGUGGGAUCAGGUUUCAAAGCGCAGCUCACUCUCAGCACUUUCCCUAGCUUCGUCUGUGCAUAAACCCAUUACAAAGGAGGAGAAGGAACAGGAGAACAAUAAGAAAUCCACGCCAUUACAAAAGGCUCAGAAGCCUCGGGUUCCUGGCCAAGCCUUUUUGAUUGAUAAUAAGGAUGAGAUUUCAGCACUGCCAGCACGCUUUAGCAAUAUACGCCAUCACCUCGAACGCACCACGGGCCCGGAUGUAGAGGAGGGCGCCCUUCUGCCCUCGCCGACGCGCGAGAAACUGAUGCCGGCCAUCACCAAGCGGGAAUCGGAGUCGCAGCGCGGCAGUCCCAAGAAGACCGCCUUGUCCAGGCACGGAUCGCCCCAGAAGGGCAGUCCCCAGAAGGGCAGCCCCAAGAAGGUCCUUAAAUCCCGCUCGCAAUCCGUGGGUCCGGGCGUUGCUGAGAAUGAGUCACCGAAGCGCCAGAUCCGGUCGGCGAGUCAGGCGCCCACGAGCCGUAAAAAGACGCCGAUAGCCGGAACCGGAAGCGGAAGCGAACGCAAGGCGCGCCCAUCCACCCUAUCCACAACAUUCCAAUCCCGCAUUAAAAGUAGUUCCCUGCCACCGCCCAACGGUAGAGUAGCCUCUGCGCCGCCAGCAACUGCAGCAGCCCGAGCAGCAGCAGCCGCAGCAGCUACAGCAUCAUCAGCAGCUAAAUCGGCCUUAAACGCUAAUCAUGCAAUCAAUCAAUCACAACCAUCACAAGCCAAGAGCAACAGCAGGGCCAGCAGCGGCAACAGAACAGCAGCAGCAACCGCCCAACAGCAACAACAAAUGCGUAAGAAAGACAAAGAUAGAUCCAAUAUUAGUUGCAUUGGUAGUCAAGUUGGUGCUGGUAGCGGUAGCAGUACAAAUACAAAUAGUGUCAAGCAUCAGCAGAAUAAACAAAAGCAACAACAACUACAACAACAACAACAGCAAAAACAACAAAAUCAGCAGCAAAAUCAGCAGCAAAAUCAACAGCAACAACAAGAGCAACCGCAACAGAAACAGAAUCAACCCCAACAGCAGCAGCAAUCCGAUGUUGCUGCAACAUCAGAGGUCGCAGCAGCAUCAGCAACAUUGGCAACAUCCUCGGCCCAAACCCCCAAACGUCCUGCGACCAUCAACAUCAAACGGCUAACGGUACCAGGUCAGGAAAGAAAAUUGGCUGAAAACGAUGCCGAGGACGGCCGUGAGACUGCCAUUUCCAUUUCCAGCUGCAGUCCACAGCCCCCCGUGCCGGAAGUGCCCGAGGAGCCCCUGGUGAAGUCCCCACCAGAACCCACCAGGGUCAAGUCCCCGGAGCAGAUCAUCAUGCGCUCACCCGAUCCAGUCAACUGGACGGUGCCCCUAGACACUGGCAAGACCUUUACGGUCACGCAGAAUGUCAAGGAUGGGGAGAACUACAGCCGACCUCAGAGCGAGAUUAAAGCGUCGACACCGGUGGAGAAGCCACCGCCGCCACCGCAAUCGGCACCGCCACAACUAACCGAACAGGCUAAAAUGGACGCCUGGAAGUCGAACAGUCCAACCGCCAGUGCCGCCGCGGUCUACGGCAAGACGCUGACGCCUCACUCGCUGGCCACGCCCACCGGCCAGCCGGGCGGCGCCGUGCGAUGCACUGCCCCCCCGCAGGAUCAGCAGCAGCUGCCGGAUCCGGCCAUGUCGUCUUCAUCGUCGACAGGCACUGCGUCGACCGCCAGGACCACCGCCGCCGAGGUCCUGGAGAAGGCCCGCGACCGCUUCGAUCGAUUUUGGGGCAGCAGCAGCGCCAGCAAGGAGGAGAGCGUCUAGACGAGAUCCCAUUAGAUCCAAUACGCAGUGCUUUUCAAGUGCAAAAUGUAUUCCGUAAGGCAGUCAGUUAGUUGGCCCUUGAAAGCAAGUAAUAAUGAUACGUAAUAGACGUUAUGCAAUACCCUAAAAAUAUACACCACAUCUAUCAACUAUCUGAAGGCCUGGUUCCAUUAUUUCCCAACAAAUAUAUUUUCAAUUUGAUUAAUUUGAAAUAAAUUUUAAUUAUAAUUGAAAUUAAUAUGUGGGCUUGUGGAAAGUAUUAAGAGAUGUACGUUUCAAAAACACUUUUGUUGCACAAAAGAUAAGGAAACUAUUACAAUAAAGAAAUUUUAAUAGCAAUUUAUAUUGAGCUAAGUAUAUUUAAUUUUUAAUGAUUAUUUAUUUCAAACUUAAUAGAAAUUGCUAUCAUUUAAUUUUCUAAUAUUUAUACAAUCCCUAUUGUAAUGGAACCAGGAACUAAGCCCAAGAGAAAUCCCGUUUUGACUAAGCUUGAAUCCAUGGCAAAAUUAGCUUUUGGUUUCCCAGUUCGAAUGCUGCAAGCAAAUGUAAUCAGGCCAAAUCUCAUCUAAUGUCUAACUAUAGCCCCAAAUCACCCAAAAUUUUGUUAUGUAAGACACUUUCACUGCCUGUACCCAACAACAACUACAAGAACAACAACAUAAUCGAACCGAAUGUUGUUUACUUUGCAAUUAAGCCCCAAGAACUUUGCAAUAUUUCGAUAUCAUUCAGUCAUAGUGAAAACAAAUAUUAAAUGGGACAAACAUCACCGCAAAGACCCGUCCAAAAAGUGAGGCCAUUCGACCGGACGGACCGGAGGUAUACUCACAUUUUUGUAACUCUCAUUAGUUGAGCAAGCCAAGCCGUAUAUUUGGGUAAUGCAUAAGGUGAUCUAGGCUAUACCGCUGAUCCGUCAAAUACCAAAAGUUGAUAAUAGAUUUUGCACAUGAAUUACAAAAUGGAAAAAUACCAAUUACGACAACAAAAGAUGUUAAGAAUAAUUUAAGAUACAUUUUGGCUAAUACGAAACUUAAGGCAACCGAUGGUUAAACACCAAACACACACACACAGAUUACAAGGAAUAUAGCAAAUGAAAAUAUAAGAAAAAGAGAUAAUGCUUUGGAAAGCUGUGAAACUAGUUUCAGACUUGCGUACACUUCUUGCAUAACUACUACGUGUAUGUGAAAAUAGUCGAGAGACCACAAUUGAAAGGUAAAUCUAAUCGAUUUAAUCAGAUUUUGAGUAAAGUUAGCGUUAAAAUGAUUAAGACGAAUGCUUCCCAAAGGGGCAAUAGCUUUGAGAAAGUUGAUGUAAUUUGUACGAGCAUUUUGUUGGCUUUCAUUUCUUCAUAUCUCUCAGUGUAGACAGCGUUUCAGUACAAACUAAGUACCAGUUGAAGCUCGGUUCGCCAGAUCCUUUUCUUUUGCCAAGGUGAAAGGCCCAAAUGUUAAACUUCUCGAAGGAAAAAAACAAGACAAGAUACAAAAAUGAGAAAACUUUGUAAGCUGAAGUUAAAAUUUCAUUGCCCAUUUGUUGUGUGAUUAACUUCAGUAUUGAGCUUAAUUGUUGCUUGCCUAUAUAUAUUUUUAAUAAAAAACAAAAACACAAAUAAACAUAACAAAAAAAAUAAACGGAGGAAUAAUGACACGUCAAUGGUAUUUAUUAAACAGUUGAAUAUUUUUUAUAUGUUUUUCAUGGAAGGACCUGUUUGUUAGUUGAAAUCGAUGAGUUGAUUUACUGAACCCUAUACAUAGUUAUCGAAUAUAACCCAUUAUCAAGUGCCCCAAAGAACAAAAAUUGUUUAUUACGCUCAGUCCUAGAAUUGUCACCGAUUUGAUCACGCCAGAAGCAUAGGUUACAAGUGACACAUAAGCAAAACUAACUAAACUAAACUAAACUCUCUGGCAAUCUAAAGAUUCAAAUUACCCGAAUUAACCGAAACCGAAACCGAAACAAACAGGAAGUGCACACAUUCACACACACACACACACAAAAGAACUAUAUUUCAAGUUAAAAUUUGAUAAAUGAAAACACAACCAAGCGGUAGACUCUUGAACUCAUUUAGUUUUAAAUAUCGUACUUAACAAAUUUUAGGCAACUUUAAUAUGAAUCUACUUAAGAACGAACUUGAUAUAUAUAUUCUAGCUUGUUUACAAAGGAAAUGAAAUGGAAAAUAAAAGCAAAUGGAAACCUAACCCCCAACAAAUUAUAUCCGAAAAAGGCGCACUACUCAGGCUUCUUCGAAAGCCAAAUGAAAAAUAAUAAAUCGAUUUUUAUAGACACUUAUAUGAAAGUCAAAGCAAUAAGAAUUUUCCAAUUCCGUUUCAGUCACAAAGCUAAACAAAAUAAUGAGAAUAAAAUCAGAAAUAAACACACCAAUCAAUUAAAUCAAUUUUAGACAUUGACUUUCACGCCUAAAUGCGCCAACAAUUUUAAUGAAUUAACGAGCCUCAUCAGAAAUGCAAUAAAACAAGUAACAAUACAACCCAAUUGAUAAUUUCUCUGAAUUGUCAUAAGAAGGCACACCAAAUAGCCUUGAUAGAAAUGCUAAAUAACACGACAUAAUAUAAUUAUAAAUGUACUUUGAAUAAAGUAACCAAAUCAUAUAAAAGACGACGACAAAUUAAAAAAUAAAAUAGAAACCCAAAAAACAAGUGAUGGUAAAAAUGAGUAUAACAUUGUAUGAAUCGAAUAAAUGAAAAAUGCAUAUAAA